GACGUCUUACGUGUGACGCAGGUUGUCAACUUUUUUUGGGGGGGGACUUUAAAUUCAGCCAACAGGUCUUCGUGUUAAUUCACUCGUACAGUAGACGUUGGUUGAAGCACUUGGGUGGAUAUUUUAGUGUACUUUUUAAUCGUUUGGACCUAAACCAACAUGGCAAACGGGCACGUGGAAAUCCACGACCCCUUCUCCAACCCCAACAGCCCGAAAUCUACCUCAGACACAGACAGCAUGGAGGACACGGUGGAGUUCAGGCUCCUUAUGGCCUACGCAGCGAGGAGACGGCCGGAAAAUAAGUCAUCCACACAGGAUGUACCGACUUCACUAAGAGGUGGCACAGAUGCAAACGGAUCCUCGCCUCAGACGCCGGGCGUGACUGAAAAAGAGGAGAAAAAGAGGAAGAAGAAGUGGAAGAAGGGAUGGAAAAGCCUGCCGACCCUUUUUAGCUGUAUCAAACCUCAGACCGGGGCAGAAGAACCGCCCCAAAAUAAUGUGAAUCAGCGUGAUGUUGACGACAGAUGUGGUGAUGUGGUUUCAAUUUCUGAAGAAGAGGAUGAGCUGAAAGACUUAGCAGGCAAGCUAACAAAUAUCGCUGAUGAAAUCCCAUUCAUUCCUCCAGAUUUAGAGACUGACUCGCCCGCAGUUGAUGUGAAUGUGGAGAAAACCAUCGGCCUGCUGCUGAGGGAGAGUGGAGACAGACUGAACGAGAAGGAGCUGAAAGAUGCUGGUGUAGCCACAGAGCUUUUUUGGAACUACAGUUUUUUUAAGCUGCUAAUGACGACCCUUCUCACGAGGAUGGGCCUCAGGUGCCCCAACCCCGACUCUCCGGGGCCGAAAGCAUCUCCCAAAACUCAGAUCGCUGUGACCUGUGAGAUCACCAGUCGUCUGUCGGCGUUGAACACGCUGCCCAGCAACCGACUGCUUGACCACGGAGCCAGAUAUCUGCAGCAUUAUUAUUCAUCCUGGGUACAGCAGCAGGGCGGAUAUGAGGAAGCCUUCUACAGUGACGAUGAGGACGACAUCUAGCGAACAGAAAGUUCUCUUGAAGGCUUUAACUUUUGCACAAGGAACAAAAUAAGAUUCAGGACACACAUUUUGUACUCUGCCACUUCAGUUUACAUGCACAUAAAACCCAGACCUGACAAGCAUUAACAUACCUGCAGCUGCUGCAUGCAUUACUGUGUUAAUCGGGGUUUUCUUUUCAUAAAUAAGUACAUUGGUCGGGUCUUUCUUCUGUCAAUUUUUUGUAAGUCUUAGAAGGCACCAAAGAUGAAACUAUUUUAAUGCCAUUGAUAACUACUGUUUGAUAUGAUAGAAGUGUAACAUAAUAGUUCUGUUUUCUCAGGGAGAUGUAGGGUACAUGUAGCAGUUUUAAAUAUGCACUAUUUUUGGUUUGGUGGACAAAAUAUAUUUUUCAUAAGACUAAUUAGAUAUUUUUCAGCACUUGCACUUUUUCAAGAAAAUGAAUUAUUUAAUUUUUUUUGAGUUUCUGAGUGGUGCGCGAAGUUGCUUAUCUGUAAUUGUUGCUGGUGUUUCCUGCAUUUCAGGGUUUUUAAAAUUGUUAAAAGGUGCCAAAGAAAUCUUGUGUGUGCUGUCUGGAUUUGUUAAUGUUGCUGCACAUAAAUGAUUACAUGACUAAAAAAACUAUUGAUUGUAAUUUCAUCUCCGUUUAUAACAAGUGGUCCUUACGGAUGUAUUCAAGAAAAAUAAGGCCAUUUUAUAUCACAAUAUAUGAAUGGAUUAUGUCACAAGAAAUGUUAAGUUGUAAAUGUUAGUAUGACACAUUUAAGUAUGUGGCUGUAAGGUUAAAUCUUGGCUAUGUAAUGGGGGGCUAAUAUAAGUAACUGAAUUGUUAAAAUGUCUUCCUAUGUAGGCUGGAUGUAUUUAAUGACUUAAAGGUUGUUACUUUAUUAUUAUGUGCACAUCCCUUUUCCAGAGACUUGAUUUUGCUGAAUAAAACAUGUUUUAGUAAAAA